CUCUCUCUCUCCAAUAAAAUCACACCUCUUACUGUCUUUCUUCUCAUUAGCUCUUUCGGCUCUCUCUAUCGCUUAAUAGCUGUACAGACAUUCUCUCUCCUUCCUUCCUUCCUCCAUAUGUAUACACAUACAGCGAGAGAGAGAUAGAGAGAGAGAGGGGUGUAUUCACAAACAGACGCGGAGAAAUUUAUAAACACCAUUAUUUGUUUUUUUUUAAACAAGAACUUGAGAAUCAAAAAGAAAAAAAGAGUACUAAGUGAAAAGAAGAAAGAAACAGAGAACAGAGAAGAAAUGGGGCUCUUGUAUUUCUUGCUUCUGUCUUUGCUUGCUGUUAUGGCUUCUGGGUCUCAUGGAAACCUCCCAAUUUUUUCAUUCGACGAAGGAUAUACCCAGUUGUUUGGUGAUGAUAACAUGGUUAUCUUCAAAGAUGGAAAAUCUGUUCAUUUGUCUCUAGAUGAGAGGACAGGUUCUGGAUUUGUGUCCAAUGAUCUCUAUUUCCAUGGCUUCUUCAGUGCUUCCAUUAAGUUGCCUGCAGAUUAUACUGCUGGAGUUGUUGUUGCGUUUUAUAUGUCAAAUGGUGAUAUGUUCAAGAGGAACCAUGAUGAGAUUGAUUUUGAGUUCUUGGGUAACAUCAGAGGCAGAGACUGGAGGAUUCAGACCAACGUUUAUGGCAAUGGAAGCACAAGCAUAGGCAGAGAAGAAAGAUACAAUCUCUGGUUCGAUCCUUCUGAUGAUUUCCAUCAAUACAGUAUUCUCUGGACUGAUUCUCAGAUAAUAUUCUAUGUAGACAAUGUUCCAAUUAGAGAGGUUAAGAGGACAGAAUCUAUGGGGGGUGACUUCCCAUCAAAGCCAAUGUCCUUAUAUGCAACAAUAUGGGAUGGGUCUGAUUGGGCUACCAAUGGUGGAAAAUACCGAGUGAAUUACAAAUAUGCCCCUUACAUUGCUCACUUUUCCGAUUUCAUCCUCCAUGGCUGUGCUGUUGAUCCUAUUGAACUCUCUCCCAGUUGUGACAACACUGCCAAUUUGGAAACUGAAAUCACAACCCUUCAGAGAAACCAAAUGGAGAGUUUCAGGAGGAAGCACAUGACAUAUUCCUACUGCUACGACCAAAUCAGAUACAAGAUUCCUCCUUCCGAGUGUGUUGUCAAUCCAGCAGAAGCUAAACGGCUGAAGGUGUACGAUCCAGUCACCUUUGGAGGAAGCCGGAGACACCAUGGGAAACAUAGGCGUCGCCACAGUCGAUCAGCUGAGUCAGAAGAUGAAUCCAUAUGAUGAUUUGGGUAAAACAUAUAUAUGAUAUUGAUAUGAAUGGUGGAAUGGUGAGAUUUUUGGUUGGUUUUGUAUAGUGAUGAAGAAGAAAAGAAAAUUGAUUUUGAGGGGGGGGGGGGGGGGUAUGUGUAUAGUUGAUUGAUGUCGUUUGUCAUUUGGGUUAUUACAAAAUUGAAUUUUAUGAUCUUCUGUACUUUUUGGCACACCCUCAUAAUAUGUUCAUGUGGUUCAAUAAAUAAAUAUUGUAUGCUUACAUUUUUUGUUUAAUUUGAAAUUUGUAAUAGUAAAUGCAUGGGGGACCCUUUUGUGAGAGAAGUGAGGAAAGGUCAAGGAGCUGUUGGACUUUUAACUGUAAAUCUCCCAUUGUUGGCUUCACCCAUAAAUGAAAUCAGCCAGACAAUGGACCUUCAACUUCAA